AAGUGCCUAACUGCCAGUCCUCAUACCUGCAGGGGGGUGUCUUCCCAAGCAGCCAUGAUGGAUUUUCGUAUGAAAAGGACACACGAUUGUAUUUUGAUGACACGUGCGUGGUACCGGAGAGGCUGGAAGGUAAAGUGAAGCAGGAGCCCACCCUGUACCGUGAAGGCCCUCCCUACCAGCGGCGCGGGUCCCUGCAGCUCUGGCAGUUCCUGGUCACCCUCCUGGAUGACCCUGCCAAUGCCCACUUCAUCGCCUGGACUGGCCGGGGCAUGGAGUUCAAGCUGAUCGAGCCUGAGGAGGUAGCGCGGCGCUGGGGCAUCCAGAAGAACCGGCCGGCCAUGAACUAUGACAAGCUCAGCCGCUCCCUGCGCUACUACUAUGAGAAGGGCAUCAUGCAGAAGGUGGCCGGCGAGCGGUACGUCUAUAAGUUUGUCUGCGACCCUGACGCCCUCUUUUCCAUGGCCUACCCCGACAACCAGCGUCCCUUCCUGAAGACAGAGCCUGACUGCCCAGUGCCUGAGGAGGAGACGGUGCCGCUAACACACUUUGAGGACAGCCCGGCAUACCUCCUGGAGAUGGAUCCCUGUGGCAGCCUUCCCUAUGCAGAGGGCUUUGCUUACUGACUUGGCCAGCCGGUAGAGCCACGAGCACUAGCGCGUCUACUUUGAGCAAACACAGUUUUGUAAAGAAUAUUUUUUUGC